CGAUGGCUCGUUUGACGAGAACAAUGCUAGACUUCACAUAUCUUCGCAUUUAGAUCAAUUCUCAUGUGAUACACUGUCGCAAAUGUUCUAUACCAAGACUCUCUCGUUACGAGACUUUCAAAACAUUUACGACAUGUGCAUGUAGAACAACAUGGAAAGCUGGAAACUGAGCGAUAAAUUGGCUGGCUGUUGUGACGACAAUUUCCUUGUUCGCGACAUUGGACGACAUAAUGGCUGUACUUUGAUUGUUUGGAAAACUGAAAUUCGCAUCGAACGUAAGCAUGGAUAAACCACGCAACAUUGAUUCAGUUCCUAAACUUCGCAAGUAUCGUUCACGCUCGCUUAACGAACAAAGCCAAUCUCCUGUCAAGUAUCGUACACUCUCACUAGACGAAUACAACCAAUAUCCGGAUAUCGUGUUAAAAGAUCCUGUAUGCGAGGAUCUACCUCAGGCUGGUGUUACCAAAGUUAAAGAUGCAGUAAAAAAACUUAAAGAUAUUGGUGCAAAAUUCAACAAAAAAUCUUGUCGAUAUGAUGAGCUAUCAGAUAAAUGCUUUAAUUAUGAGCUGGAGUUGACGGCCAUAGAGGAAGCUAUAGCGGCUCAGCAGGAAUUGAUAAACUUAGUGGAAGAACAAAAAAAUUUUUGUCAAUUUCAAGAAUGAAGCUCGUCGCAGCGAACGUGAAAGUUUGGAUUUAAACUACAGUCUUGUUGAAAGUAGAUGCGCAAAGCAAAAAAGCGAGUUAGAGUCUUUAGAACAAAAAUAUUCGAAUUUAUCUGAAAAGAGACGAACCUGUGAAGCAGAGAUGAACAUGCUAAAGCCUGAUCUUUGGAAACUCGAACUUAAAAGGGAAAAAUACAUGUUAUUCCUGGAAGAAAGGAAUAUGAAACCAGAGGAAAUAGAAAUUCUCGCUGGAAUAACAGAUUUUGCGCUUUAUGAAUUCCCAUUGACGGAUGAGGAAGAGUCCGUAGAUCUUUCUCCCGAGUAUUGGUUAUUUGGUGAAUUGGACAGGGAAACUAUCAAAAAUUACUUAGAAAAUACUCCCGAUGGCACUUUCCUUGUGCGGGAAAGUACGAGAAAUCGUGGAAUGAAAGCUGUCUCCAUUAUGUUUGACGGACAAAUUCAACAUUUUUGUGUUGAAGAAGGCCCCGAGGGAUUUGGUUUUGCUGAGGGAUUCAAAAACCAUCCGACAUUACAGAGUUUUGUCGAAUAUUACCAUCGAGUAUUGUUACAAAUGCAUAAAAGUAGUGUCGCAACUACUUUACGUAUGCCAGUGCGUUUGGUGAAGCUGGAUUUACUUCCUUGCAUAGGAUCUACACCAUAAUUUUUGGAGAAAUGUUUUAGUCGAAUUCCUCACGCAGAAUCAUUAUCCUAUUGAACAAGAAUUUCGUCUAUUCUAGGCUCACAAAUUUUUGAAUAAAUCAAAAAUGUCACACCCCCUCCCCCAUACGUCAAAGUCGACAUGCCCACACUAAAACAAUUUCAUAUAUUCAAUGUUUUCGUCACCACCAUCACAUGAUCACCAACACACUGAAUAUUAACCAUGGACUUGGGUCACUUGGGUGUCGAGUCAUCACAAACAGUUAUCGUCUGUCUACGUGAAAAAAAAUUUGUAGAGUCAAAUGCACAAAAUUAAUAAAUAAUGCAUUUGAAUUGAUUGCAUUGUAAAAUGGACGUGAAUUUGUUAGUUUCUUAUUGAAUAGUUUGCAUUUUAUGCAACUCCACCUUAGGCCUUGCGCACCAACACACCGAAUAUUAACCAUUGAAUUGGGUCACUUGGGUGUCGAGUCAUCACAAACAGUUAUCGUCUGUCUACGUGAAAUAAAAAUUUGUAGAGUCAAAUGCACAAAAUUAAUAAAUAAUGCAUUUAAAUUGAUUGCAUUGUAAAAUGGA